GCCUCAGAACUUGAUGAGAUGCUGAAGCCACUUAUUGCCAAUCCGCACGUUUUAGGCGUGUUGGUCGUUAAUAAAGAAGGUUCAGUAAUUAAGACUACUUUUGAUGCUGUGAUAACAAAACAAUAUGCAGAAAAACUCUCAAAGUAUUUAGAAAUGUCACAAAACAUGAUUCAAGAGAUUGAUGAGCCUGAUGCAAUACAAAAGAACGAAUUAACACUCCUUCGUAUCAGAAGCAAAAAGUAUGAGAUUAUACUUACACCUGGUAUUAAGAUGCGAGUUGAAAAAUGUAUAACUGCGCAAAAGCUCCGGCUUUCAAAGCACUGGCAUUCGAGUUUUAACGUUCAAGGUCCUGGUAUUCCAAGCACUGACGUCGUCUAUGAGCACAAAAGAUGUUUUUGUCUGGCGCAAACUAUGCAAUGUUCUUUUUCUAUACGAUAUGAAACAUUACCGAAUUAA